AUGCUGGAGGACGAGUGGAAGCGAUUCGCGCGCCAGUGCACCGAGAACAUGGAAGAGCAGGUCAUGCACCGUAUCAAGGAGGAAGUGCGACGCGAGAAGCGGAAGAUGGAGGCCACCCCCGAGUGGGAUCGCGCCAUUGCCGAAGUGCAGCAGCUCGAGCACCGGUUCCACAAGCUGUGGCUUCAGUGGGCGCGCGACGAAGAGGCGCGGCGCAUAGAUGAGGCCUACCGGGCGCGUCGUAAUUUCUUCGCUGGUCACCGCACACCGCCGCCGGCCACGAUACCGCACGGUGAGAAGAGGGGAGAAGAGGACCGCCGGCGAUCCGACCGUGAGCUGCGCCCGAUGCACCGAAGCGAACUGCUGCCGGAUGAAGGCGAGCGCCGGCGUUCACGGGACCGAGGGACGAGCCGCACAAGAGCGAGAGAGCAGUCUGAGCCCAGUGCCAAGCGGCCCCGCAGCCGAAGCCGAAGCCGAAGUCGAGGGAGGAGAAUCAAGGAGGAAUCGCCCGACGAAGAGAUGCAUCUCGAGAGGAGAGAGCAACGGAGCCUGCAGCAGCGGCAGGACCAACAGCGACAGCGACGGACGGAAGAGGAGGAGGAGGAGGAGGAGGAGCGCGAGCGUAGAGUAGCUCGGGAGCUGCACGAGCAGAAGCAGAGGGAGCAGGAAGAGGAGGCCGAGAUGGACGAGGUGGAACAGGCAUUUCCGGACUCCGGGUCGUUGCCGCCUCCGCAGCGUGCUGCCAGAUUUCGCCACCACUGCGAGAUGUGCCAAGUGACGCUCAACUCGCAGAAGCAGAUGUUCGAGCACUUCCGCGGCAAGAAGCACGUGCAAGGGGAGGAGCGCCUGCGGAAAAUGUCCGGUCAGGGUCCAUCCCCAGCGACGUACCCGCCCAGCGGACAAGCUCUGAACUGGCAGAACCAGCGAGACUGGCGCGCCGACGACGAGAUGAACUGGGAGCGCGAGAAGGCUCGCGGCUGGAGCAAACUGCCGACACCGCUGCCGGCGAUCGUGAAGCCCGAACCACGCGACGAAGCUGGCGACGGGCGCGCACACGAAGUCUCGACGGGCACUGAGCUGGUGCAGCAGCCGACGUGUUCGGUCGCCGUUAAGCAAGUCCUGCGCGACGGCGGCCAAGCGGCGAAGGAGGCUGAGCGGGAGCGGCCUGCUUGGCUCGAGCUGGACCUCAAUGUCGUAAGCGACGACGAGGAAGCUGAAAUCCAGCAGGAGGAAGCCGCACCGCGGCCGACGCCAGAGAAACUGGGUUCGCCCAAGGUGGUCAACCUGUUCGGCAUGGUAUUCACCGACGACGACGACGACGACGAGAGCAGCGGCGAAGAUCGCGAGGACGACAGCGAAAGCAGCGGCAGCGGCGACGAGGGGGACUUCGACGAAGAUAGCGAUGAGGAUCAUGGCGAAGAGCCCGAAGCGGAGGGGAAGGAGGAGGUCGAUGAUGAAGGCGAAGAAACCGAGCGCUACUGGUACACCGACGAUGAGGAGGACGAGCAGCAGGAGGAAGAGCGGCGAGCAGAGGGCGCAAGAGUGGAGCCGGAGAGCGCAAAGGAAGAGAGGCGGAGGCGUGCAGGUGGGGCGCCCGAUGUAGCGGAGGCGACAAAGGCUUCGACCACGUCUUCGCAGCCGCGGAAGCCUGCUUUCCUCCUCAGCCCCGCGCAGCGGCGGGAGAACUGGGAAGCCAAGUACGCGCUCGUCAAGGCGUGGUUCGACGAACACGGCAGACUGCCGAGCAAGGCGAAGAGCAAGACCCUUCACAACUGGCUUCACUACAACAAGAAAAGCUGGUCCCCACUCGAUCCCAGCCAACGCAACAGGCUGCGCGCCCUCGGCGUGAAGCCGUUCCGUCGGCGGCGAUGCAAGGAGACGCCGUCACCAUCGUCGCGGGCCAAGGAGGAAGUGGAGCCGGAGCCUCUUAGGGAUGGUCUGCCCAAGCGGAGAGUCAGGACGGGCGGCGACACGGCGAUCUGGGAGGGGCAGCUGCGGAAGCUCGAACGCUUCCGCGCCGCGACCGACGGCCAGAACCCGCCCUACUUCCUCUCAACCGGCAAGUGGCUCUACGAGCAGAUCGCGCUCCAGAAUCGGGGCCUACUGAGCAGCUCGCGGAAGUCGAGGCUCGAGAGCCUGGGCAUCAAGUGGGACUGGAAAGACGAGUUCGCGAACAAGUCCGGCUGCGAGAAGGCCAAGAAGUGGAAGCAGCGAGCAGAGCGGACCCAAGACAGCAGCGAUACCGAAGAAAAGAAAGGGUCGGCAAAGACGAAAGAACGCGAGAACGAGAGGAGAGAGGGGAAGGAGAAGAAACGUGAAACGAAGAAGAAGGCGAAGAAGGAAAAAACGACAAUCAAGAAGAGGAGGGCGGAGGAGGAGAAGGCAAAGAAGAACAACCCGAAAAAGAGGCUGAAGAGAGAAGUAAAGGAGAAAGAGGGCCAUACGAAGGUGCCGUGGGAGGUGCGAUACGAGGAGUUGUGCCAGUACCUCGCUGCGCACGACCAGCACCUGCCGGGGAAGCAAACCACGCUCGGCAAGUGGGUCUACACCCAGCAGUACCGGAUCAACAAAGGGCUCCAGGCUCAGGAGGACAAAAUCGCCAAGCUUGUCGCCCUCGGCAUCACCCUCUCGCCGCCCAAGACCCCGACCACCCCGACGACGACGACGACGACGACAACGACGACGACCCCGACCACGAUCUCGGCUGCGGCGCUUCCAGAGCCAGAGCAAAAGCACCUCCAGGACCAUGGAGGCGCCACGGAAGAAGACGAACGUAAGGUGUCUGCCACGAUGGAGGAGCUGCUGCAGCGCAUUAAAGAGGAGAAGUUGUGA